UGAUAACAAAAGAUGUAUCAUCGGCAUAUAUGUUUAAAUCCUGCAUUAAUUGCAUUAUGUCAUUGACAUAUAGAAUGUAGAAGAGAGGACCUUAGGGGACAGUUAUAUUGUCACUUGGUCCGUUAUGAAUAUAAACCUUGUUAUACAAACAGAUAAGAAUGGUUACUUGAUUGGUGACAAUAUAAUAUAUUAUUUUAGUACAUCAUCGACUAGUAUUGAUAUUUCCUCAAAAGAAGUUUCUGUGAUGCCAAAAGGUAUUGCAAGCUCCCUAGAUGAGACUGGCAGCUGCAUAAGAAGCUCUUCAUCCAGAAUUAACACUGAUGAAAGACGCCUGAUACGUGUAAAAGCAUUCCUGUGCAGUAACAAUUACAUAUUCAAAUCAGAUCUGUCAAAAAAACCGUUAGUUAGUCAACGACGUUCAUUUAGUCGAGUGUUUGGUGUUGCAAAAGACUGUUAUGAAAUAUGCCUGCAGAAAUGCGGGUUAAAUAUACAAAAGAUCAGCUAUCUUGAGCUCUUGAAGCCAUAA